CUAAAACUUGUGUUGCUUUUGCCAUUUCAAAACGGCAACUUGAGCUGGUUGAGAGAGUGUUUGGACAACCAAGUCGGUGUUAAUGGCUUGGACAAAGCUGGAAGCACUGCCCUGUACUGGGCUUGUCAUGGGGGUCACAAAGAUACAGUGGAAAUGCUCUUUACUCAACCAAACAUUGAACUGAACCAACAGAACAAGUUGGGAGACACAGCUUUGCAUGCUGCUGCCUGGAAGGGUUAUGCAGAUAUUGUCCAGUUGCUUCUGGCAAAAGUUGCUAGAACAGACUUAAGAAACAAUGAGAAGAAGCUGGCCCUGGACAUGGCUACUAAUGCUGCCUGUGCAUCUCUCCUGAAAAAGAAACAGGGAACAGAUGCAGUCCGAACAUUAAGCAAUGCCGAGGACUAUCUUGAUGAUGAAGAAUCAGAUUAAUUCCUUUCUGGAGCUUUGAGAUCUAAAACUUCUGUUGCUUUUGCCAUUUCAAAACCUUGUCUUUGCCAGAAGAGUGUUGGUAACUGUAAAAAAAAAAAAAAAAAAAGUCUAUAUGAACGUGGCAGUAUUGCACUGUUUGAAUAAAACAUGUAAAUGAAUAGUUCUUACCUUCAGUUUGCCAAUAAGUGACUGGAUAUUUUGCUGUAUAAAGUACAUUUUUGUUCACCAGAGUAGAAGAAGAAGAGAUUAUUUCUAUUUAUCAAGCUUAAAGGAAUUUUAAGAAUUUUUUUCUUUAAAAAAAUCAGGAUUUUUUUUUUUUUAAGUUCUUUACCUCAAGGAUUGAGAUAUUUUGAAUGGAUUUUUCAAGGGGGGAAUGCUUAUUAUAAUAAUAAACCGAAAGACUUAAUAGAAAAUCGUCAGCUAUUCUGACAAAAAUAAACAUUUUAAGAGACUUUAUUUCCUUUGUUUUGUGGUAUCACUCUUUGCUGGUAAAUAAAUAAAGCUUUUUAUAUUUAUAUUUAGGUAAAGACUGAUUUGAUUUUUUAAAUAACAUUUUGUAUUAUUAGCACAGAAGAAUCAUAGUAGCCAAAUUUUCUUUCUUUCUUUUUUUGUUUUCUGGAUACAGUGUACUUUAUUGACGGUACAUGACAAAGUAGGGCUCCCUAAGCCCCUCCCCUUCUUUAGGGGGUCUGGGAUGGAAACCGUGUGGAGGUCGGGAGAUUCUCAGUGUCUUGGGGGAUUGAGUUGGCAUAGUAGCCAAAUUUCUGUUCAGCCUUCUAUACCUGCUUUGAUUAAAGUGAAGACAACAGUCAUUGAGGAGAUACAUUUCUAAUAAAAUAUAUAAACUUUAAUAAUUAUGAGACUUUCAAUUUUCUCUCCAAUGUUGUCCUUAAUGUGAAGAAACCCAGCAACUCAUUAAAGUUUGCUUAAGGUUUAAAAGAUUAAAAAAUUGAUUUCCUUAUUAUGGAAGCUGCUAUAAUUUUCCAUAAUGGAGCAGCGUUCAGUUUUUCACUUUGGUGACAAUUAUUUUCUCUAAACAUGGCUCUACCUCGUAAUGAUCUGGAUUCUUUUGCUAAAACAUCAGUUUAACAUUGCAGGGAGCCUUCUGUACUACUGAAGUGACACUUCAUUUGAGAUUCUAAUUUUGUAUCACUGCAGUGAUGAUAUUAGAAAUGACACAGCCAUUGGCAUUUGCCUGGAUUCCAGGCCCCAGACCCAGAAGUAUAUUUUGCAAGAAGCCUUUGAUGCUAAUUUCAAAAAAACACAUUGAUGAAGAGAAGAAAAUGUUUGAAGAAGGAAGUGGGUUAGCUCAGGAAAUGAAUAACUGCCUCUAGAGGAGUUUCCUCUGUCUGUGACUUUGGCUUUUCUCUCUGUGGGUGCUUUGAGAAUGGAUACCCUGAGAAGCCUGGUAGAGGUCUAUCAAAUACCCCAAAUAAAUUUUAGUAGAAAGACAUCUGUACAAGUAGUAACAGCGAAAGAUUAGCACAAAAUCUGAAAUUAGUAAAAAAGUAUUUUAUUUUCAAAACAAAUGUGCAAAUUUUAAUUAAACAUUUUAAUUGCUUCAUAAGCAUAAACUUGAAUAUACGAAAUUCUCAUUGAAAUUCUGUUCCCACAGAACCUUUUAAGGAUUUGUUUUUUAAAACAGGGCUUGUGCCUUAACAAAAAGCUUUUGGAAAUCUCUAACUUUUUACUCUUGUGUACUUUGGACCUGGGGUAAUCAGGAUAGAUGCCAACUAAGCACUCAAUUUUUUUUUAACAUCAGUAGAGAUAAUACAGUUUGUAGGAAUAUAGAUAAUAUUUAUGAAAAUACUACGUGCUUGUAGAUUUAUAGUGUAUUUGAGGAAAAGAAGCCUCACUGUCAUUACUUUUAACAUUAUCAAAACUAAGGGAAUUCUAGAAAGUUGGCCAACUAUGUAUAGUUUUUUUGGCAGUGGAGGGUAAACUUAGGUAUAUGCACGGUUUUUUUGGUUGAAACAGCACAAUGCAUUUGGCUGUGGUUGAAACUCCAUGGGAAAAUUUACUUUGCUGCUUGUUUAUUCAGUCUAGCUUAUCUGAGCUUUUGCAGAGAUUGUUUAAUGCUGAACUCAGCAAAAAAAUUCAGUUCCAGGAACUUGCCACCACUCUGACUCUGUGCAGAGGAGAGCUUUGAUUAUAUUCUAGAAAUGGCUUUGAAGGUUUUGCUGUAACCCGAGCUUUCUGACAGUCACUGUGGCCUAAACUCCUUCCCAGACGCUGCAUCCUUUACAUAGAAAAUGCCUUUCAGCCCCUUGGGAAGUGGGAGACUUGUCCAGCUAUAGGCCCAGUAACCUCACGCAAUGAACAGUUUUUAUCAUACUUUCCCAUUUUAGUUUCUUUCUGGGACUGGUGUCUUGCAAAUUAUUUGUUGCUAGACUGCCAUGCAUUACAGCUGUCAGUUUCUGUUUCUUCAGUGAGCACCCCCAUUGGCUGCUUUUUAAAAUAGGAUUGGCUAUGUUGUUACCCAAAGGGAAAUGUUGAGCAAAGCAGUGGUGACCGUAUUUUUUUUUUUAUCUUAAAAAUCAAACUGGAAAUAAUGCUAAAAAUGAAAUCUGAGAUGAUUUUAGGCAGAGGAAAACAUAAUGUUUUCAUAUAAACUUUCCUCAUAAAUGUUCUUUAUUGUGUAGAAUUUCUGAUUUACUGAUAUUUUUUCUUUUGUGAAUCACGUAUUUUUCAUCUUUUCUUUGUAAAUGAUGAUUUCUGAUAGGCUACAAGAGCCUAACAUUUACAUCUGACCAUCAGCAUUUCCCUGUUGACUUUUUUGUGUUUGUUCUCGUGAAUUUUAUGUUGUAAAUACGUAUGUAGCAGUAAUACACAG